UCAGUGCGUUUCGCGAGAGCCGCGUGUGACGGAGGGUCAGUGGACAAGCGAACAUGGGCUCGGCUUCGCGGGAAGUGCGCGGGUUCGGGUUGCUAGUGUGAGCGGAUUCCGGAUCCCUGCCGAAAAAUGCAGGACACCCUGGAGCGGGCUCAUCCCCGACUCUUCUGCGGCAUGAGACGGAGCUCCUUCCUCUGCCUCCUCUACUUCCUCUUCUACGCCCUCUACUUGAUCCUCGGAGGGCUCGCCUUCGCUGCCAUCGAGGGACCCGGCGAACAGGCCCUCAAGCAGGAGGUCGCCUUAGCUCGACAAGCCUUUUUGGCGCAGUAUCCCACUGUCUCAGAUAAUGAUCUGGAAGAACUUAUUCAAGAGGUAAUCAAAGCUAGCAAUAGAGGUGUAUCGGCUUCCAAAAAUGCUACCGGAGGACCUAACUGGAGCCUCGGCCAGUCGCUAUUUUUUUCCUGCACGCUCAUCACUACAAUCGGUUAUGGGCACGUGACGCCACUCUCGAAGGAAGGCAAGCUGUUCAGCAUGGCCUACGCGGUGGUAGGGAUCCCGAUGACGCUGAUCAUGCUCACGGCGGUGGUCGAGCGGCUCAUGCUGCCGACGCGCUCGCUGCUCGAGUGGCUCCAUCGGCGGCUGAGUCGCGUUUACCGUCCCUUGGGCGUCCGCCUCAUCCACCUCGCUCUCCUCGUCGUCUUCCUCGUCACCGUCUUCAUGCUCGUCCCGGCCGGCGUCUUCGCCUACAUCGAGCCCGAGUGGGACUACCUCGACUCCCUCUACUACUGCUUCAUCUCCCUCACCACCAUCGGCCUCGGCGACUACAUCCCCGGUGAUUCCCCCAACCAGCCCUACCGACCCCUGUACAAGGUCGCCACAACAUGUUACUUGCUUGUGGGACUCAUGUUCAUGGUACUGACACUGACUGUGUUUCACGAUAUUCCACAACUUAAUUUAGGAACCUUUUUCGCUCUGCAGAAGGACACAAAUACGAGAGAUCUGGAGAAAGUGAGACUCCAAGAUCCUGACGGCUCUGGGCCUAAAUAUACAGAGAAGAAGACAUUACCGCAAGAUUAAAAUACCUAACUUGAUGUUAUUACUAUCACAUAGAAACGCACCAAUUAAAUGCUCAAAAAAACUCCAAAGCUUGAAAAAUAGACCCAUAAAAUUCAGAAUACAAUAAAUCAAUUUUGAUAUGAUAUUUUUUUAAAAUACUGACAUUUAUUUUUUUAAUGGAUAAACCUUAAGAUCUCUGUAAGAAUUUUCGUGAUCAUUCUUGACAGUAAGAUUUAAGAAAAACGUUUGGGGGAAAUUCGAUUAACACAGUGGGUUUUUUGCAUUGGAUUUGAUUUAGAAAAAUAGAAUGCAUUGAUCAGGAUUUUACUGUAUUGAAACUUAGUAAAUUUGACAGUUUAAGUACUAAUGUUAAUUAAAGAUCGACGGAGAUGAGCUGAGAGGAUUUAGGUUGAUGUAGGAGAAUGAUUUAAAACAAAAUAUCCAUUUCAAGGAAUUUUCUAAGACUUCUAUCUUUUAGCAUGACAUGUUCAUGGUUUAAAUCCACCUCCUGAAUGCUCAUUGACAAGGUGAGCCUGGGUGUACUUGUAAGUCAAGAAUAUUCAUGUCUUGUUUAAAGAUUAUUAGGAUUAAAAGAUAUAGCUGCAAAAAUUUCAGCGAUGACACGAUAGUUAUUGUGAAAACUACCUUUUGUAAUUAAACUGUACAGUUGUUGUAUUUCAUAUUGUUUUUAAAAUAAACAGUUGUUGUAACGUUGUAAAUAAAUUCUUUUGAAACUGUUGGCACC